AUGGCUCCUGGUCAGUCGGAUCCAGGCGGCUUUCAGUCACAGUUGACGCCAGACGAACGGGUCCUUGCAGCGCUUGCGGCCAGUGAUCCCAGGGAUGAGCUGUCUUUGAGGGAGAGAGAGCUUGAGAUCUUGGAGCUUUACGAUCGUGCUUACGAGCAGCAGCUGGAGGAGGCAUUGUUGUUGCAAGAUCCCGUCGACGUGUCCUCGGAUGAUGCCAAUGCUGAACUGGACAAGGCGGAGCGGGAGCUUCUGGAAGCUAGAGCUACCUACUCUAUACGCAGAAAGGCAAUUGAAUCCGUUUUGAUGGCGGAACCGAGUAUCCAGUCCAUCUACUCUACGCAUCCCUCCCCCACUGAAAGGGCCUUGCUCCCACUUAUCCAUCGACGCGAUAUCUUAUCCCUAGCAUAUGAAAACCUAGCAAGCAUCAAUAGCUCGUGUUCAGAAAGGCUCUCCAAUGCAGAGGUCGACAAUAUCCAGACGGCUACCGAGAAUCGUGACUUGGUCCAGUCGUUACUGGAACUCACUCGCGGUAAAGACGAGAAGCUACAGAUUGAAGAUCCGGACUUGAGGUCAGAACUUGAGACGCUAGAAAGAAAAACCAAAAAGGCCAAAGCAGAUUAUGUGACUAUGAAGCGGAUCAUAAGUGCCUCAAUAGUGGCAAGUGGGAUUGACUGGGCCAGCGACGAGACACUCCUGAAAUUGGUCGUUGAUGACGAGUCAGACGAAAUAUGA